AUGUUAGUAAAUUUCAUCACAAUUUGUUUGCCUGCGCUUCUGUUUCAUAUAAUUUCAGGGCAGUGUGUAGGCACAGCUUACAAUGCUGGCGUUGGUUGCACUGUAGCCAAUGAUUUAGCAUACAAUGGCAUGGCGUACGGUACGACGUUAGCUAACAACGCUAUACCUGGACACUCUUCUCCUCACGGCGGUGGUUUCGCUGUUACCAGUGCAUCGCCUAUCGCCCCAAAUGGCGUAACGAUCGUCUCGGAUAACCUAGUUGUGGAAGGGUCACUUUCCGUGUGUGGCCAACUGCCAAUCCUAGCUACAGCGGCUAUGGAAGGUCCAAUAACUGCCGCGGGUCAAGGAGCUGUUGAGUACGGAUGUGGAGAUGGUGAAGUUACAAUUAUAAGCGAAAUUGUUUCACCUGAUGGUUCAUACAUACAAGUUGCUGUACCUACAAUCGAUUACUCUCUAAUUGGUUUGACCCCUAAUCUAGGGUGCAGCUAUGUUUAUUAG